AUGCGUCUCACUCCUUUCCCCUUUCUUCUAUUCUCAACCCUGGCUCUAGGAAACACCCUCAAUGUGACCGUCCUAGGCGCGCAAAACAACAUCUCAACAUUGGAAUGCUGGGCCCUCUCCUCGGGAUUCAAGACCUCUUCAGAAGCCGGAACUGCCGGUUCGAAAUCCCUCGAUCUUGGCGAGCUAGGAGGUGAUUCUACCUAUACCAUUCUACCCGCCGGUUUUAACGGUGGACGACACAAUGCGCCAGCACUGCAAUGGGUGAUCUUCCUUUCUGGGUUGGCGCACAUCACGCUGCCCAACUCGACUGCCGAGGCGUGGGUCGCGGGCGGGAAGAAUGGGGCUAUUUUGGCGCUGGAUACGGCUGAUGUCAGUGCUUUGGGUCAUUGCACCACGUAUCCAUCGAAGGAACAGACUAUCGCGUUGGAGAUUCCGUUAGGCCGCGGGGAUCUUCCUGGACAUACCGUGUUGCAUGGGGGCCCUUGUAAGGGAGAAGAGUGA